AUGGACGAAAGUCAUUGGAAAAUGAUGACUAUGAUAGAAACAAUAGACGCUUUCAUAAGCACUGAAGAGCGCAUAAAUGAGAUGGUUAGCAAAACUCUGGAGGCCAGCGAUAGAAACGAAUUGCCGUGGAAGCAAACAUCUACAGUUACUGUUCCUAUUGCACAAAAAGGGUGUAUGUUUUGCAACUCAUCAGAACAUCGAGCUGUAGCUUGCCCUCGCUAUCGCACCAUCGCAGAAAGGCGCAACUUUCUUCUGGAAAAGAAUAUGUGCCUGAAUUGCGGACGUGAAGGGCACUGGGUUAAGGAUUGCUCUAGGGAGGGGUGCAGGACCUGCCAAGGGAAAAAACACAACCAAGUCUUGUGUCCUGAGAGGGUGGGGGCGCCUACAAAGAAACAAGACGCCAAUGCAGCUGUCAAAAAACCAACACCAGCACAGAAGAAAUGUGCACCGUCGCAACCGACCAAAAGUACAAAGCAUGUACCCGCUAAAGUCAUGCGAGCUCAUCCUGUACUUGCGUGCACUGACAGAAACAGCGCGAUUGACUGCGAUCCACAGGGUGUAGCAAUGAGUACAGAGACAAUCGCGGCACGCAGCAACCACGCAUCAGCACGCAUCAAAGAGGACAAUGUGUUCCUUCUAACAGGAAUGGGAAAAAUACGGAGCAUGAGAGAAAACGAGUGGCAGACGGUCGAAAUUCUCUUUGACACGGGAGCUGAUCAAUCGUACAUUAACCAGACCCUGGCGGAAAAUUUGGGCCUCCUGUGUAACGAAAGGAAACAACUUAAGAUAUAUACAUUCGGCUCCACGCUACCUACGACGGCAAUAUGUGGUAUCACACAGGCGGAGAUCAGCGAUAAUCUGGGGGAAAGUCACUUUGUUCGCCUACAUGUGAUUCCAGUGUUAACUGGAAGAGGUACAAGUAUGCACCUCACUUCACAGGAUUUGGAAUUCAUAACCGCUAACAAG